GAAUAUGGGUGAGUUAAAAAAAAGAAAAAAGAAAAAAAAGAACUCAUCCAAGCAACCGUUUGAAUCAGCUUAUGAUUCGACAGGCGUACUGUAAGAUGUUACUACACGCGGCUAAGUAUCCUCACUGCGCCGUGAACGGGCUGCUGGUGGCUGAGAAGCAGAAGGAGAAGAAGAAAGAGGGCCACGGGGUCUCGGUCCUGUGUGUGGACUGUGUGCCUCUUUUUCACGGCUCUUUAUCUCUGGCACCCAUGCUGGAAGUGGCCCUGUCUCUGAUCGAUACGUGGUGUAAAGAAAACAAAUACGUCAUUGCCGCUUACUAUCAAGCCAACGAACGCAUAAAGGAUGCGAGGCCUAGUCAUUUUGCUGAAAAGGUCGCUACGAGGAUCUUAGAAAACUUCAGCGAAGCAGCCAUGAUCAUCGUGGACAGCAGCAAGUUCACUAUGGGAUGCUCUGCACCGGCUCUUUCCAUCUAUGAUCAUUCUGACAAUAAGUGGAAGUGCAGAGAUCCAAGCAUAGACCCGUUCGAGGACUGGACAGAAGCUCAGAAGAUCACAUCAGCCUUGCUGGAGAGCAGAUCCUACGAAAACCUCAUAGACUUUGACAACCACCUGGAUGACCUCAGGAACGACUGGACCAACCCCGAAAUCAACAAAUCCGUGCUGCAUCUCUGCUGAACACGUCAUCUGGCGGCAGCACGCGUCACGUUAUCGUUACCGUAUUCCCAUUCACACCUGGAGGAAAAAAGCUCUGAGAUCUGAGAUGGUUGAGAUUUCUAAUCCCUGUGAGGGACUAAGAGCAGCGUGAACUUAUUAACUUGUUAAAUGUUUUUACACAUCCACAUUUAUUCAGAACACCGCUACAGCGUUUCAUUCGGAUCGAUUGCUUUCUUUUUCUCAUUACCGCUUCUUUAGUUUGAUAAAAGUCACUAUUAUCGAUAUGAAUCAGCACAGACACUACCAGCUUCACGCCAACGUUUUCCACCACGCGCACGUCCCGAAAUCAAGAUUAAAAUCUACCAUUUUGAAGAAUUGGAUUGGUUCUUUGCUUAUUUGCUUAUUUAACCUUUUAUUAAAUCUUAGUUUCCCCCUAAGAUCCUUACAAAAUACCGCAGUAGAUUUUUUUUUUAGAAAGUUGUUUGCAUUAACGUAGCCUCACAGAGAUGUUAAUAAUGAAAUUAGUCAAGAGAAUAUGUCAAGUUUUCCACUUUAUGACAUUUAAGUAAUAUAUUUAACCAUUUUAAUAUAUGACAAUAGGAAGGUGGGGGGGGCUAAGUCUUAAUAUAUAAAUCACUUUUUAAGCUCUGCCAUGUUUGGGUUUAGUUCGUUAAGGCACAGUUGAUGUGUUUAAAAAAAAAAAACAAAGUUAAAAAUAGUGCAGUAAUAUUCACGACUGAAAGGAACAUGUUUGUUUAUUGCUCUAAUCUGGUUUGAGAUCUCAGUGAUUAAAUUGAGUUUUUGUAAAACAAAAUGCGAGAAUAAAAUGUUUUUAAGCAACCGU